CAACAAAAACGAUGAAGUGAAGAACUGAUAAUUUAUUUCUGAAAUAUUCUACAAAAAAAUGGGGUUAUUCCAGAAACUAGCCACUUUCCUAGGGGUGAAAAAAAAAGAGGUUAAUGUAUUAGUGGUAGGGUUAAAUAAUAGUGGCAAAUCGACUGUGGUAAAUAAAUUUAAAAAUGAAGACGAGAGAGUUACUGAUGUUGUGCCUACAGUAGGUUUUUCAGUUGAGAGGUUUCAAAACAAAAACCUCUCUUUUACAGCGUUCGAUAUGUCCGGCCACGGACGAUAUAGAGACCUUUGGGAACAUUAUUACAAAGACUGCCAUGGAAUCAUCUUCGUCAUAGACAGUAGCGACAGAUUAAGAUUGGUUGUAGUGAAGGAAGAAUUGGAUCUUCUUCUUCAGCAUCCUGAUAUUUGUAACAAAAAAAUUCCAAUUUUGUUUUUCGCCAAUAAAAUGGACAGUAAAGAAGCUUUAAGUAGCGUUAAGAUAGCUGCAGGUUUAGGACUAGAUAAAAUUAUGAACAAACCAUGGCAUAUAUCUUCCAGUAAUGCUCUUACUGGAGAAGGGUUACAGGAUGGAGUCGAAUGGUUGACACAACAGAUUCGGGAAAUGAUAAUAGCCAAACAGUAGAUAAUUUCAAUAUUUCUUUUCAUUUUUAAUGAAUUUGUCAUGUUAUUCCCUUAAAAGCUUUAACAUUUGAGUUGGCAUAAUAGAUUUUACAAUUUUUUUUAAUCUAUCUAUAUUAUUUUAAGAACGAAAUGUUGCAUAACUCACUAUUGGGAGAUGUGAAUAGAUCCUUAUUUUUCUCGGUAGGAUUUUUUUAUUUUGGUCCAACUGAUAAGUUUUUCAUGUGGCUUAUUACGAAACAGAAAAUAGAAUGUUCAAACGAGUUAUUUAUUAAUAUCAAUUUUAAGGUUAAACAAAAAUACAUGUUAUAUUUGUAUUAAUAUUUUUACCUCACAUUCCCCCAGUAUUUAAUUGGAGAGUAAAAAAACUAAAGCAUAGUUGCAAGUGAUCAUCAUUAAAAUAAAAUAUAUGAGUGAAAAUUAUAUAGAAACAUGAAAAAUUAAUUUUAUUCCUCAUUUUUACAUUUAAUAUCCAAUAAAAUUGAAAAUCAGCUCAUUUACAAACAAAUUUAUUAAUUAAUGAAAAGACAUUUUUUAUUAUAAAGAAUUUGUUAAAAAUUGAAUUUCUUCUAUUUUAAUUGAACAAUAUUUUCCCGCCAAUUUCCAGAAGUGUGCACUGUUUGUCAAAUGUUAUGCAACAAAUAUUUUUUUCUAAUUUCAAAUGUUUAAAAUGAUGAAUUAUUGUUAGAAAAAUUAUAAUUCAGUUGAUAAUAGAAUAAAAGUACAA